GCUGGGAUUUCUGGGGCUUAUUUCCAGCUUGAGAAGAAAAGAGGAGCUUGGACUUCUAUUCCAGCUCUGGGAGAUGAGCAAAAACUCCCAGUAAGAUUUGUUUGUAGGUGGGCUGCAUGUCGGGCUUGGGUGUGACUCUGGCUGACCCCUAUGGAUGAGGAGGUAAUAAUCAUAGAAACCCCAGUGACAUGCUCCAAGUGGGCGGCACCAGCUGAGCAGAAGGACCUUGCUCCUAGUAAGAGACUCUGCAGCUCCCUGGCCCCUCUAGGGCCACCCAUGAAGCUGGAGUCCCUGGAGCAGGCAGGUAUAGGCAGCUCCACGGCCACGUGUCCAUGUACACCCUUCCUUAGUGCCCUGGUUCCCAUUGUGCAGGAGGCACUGCAUGUCUUCUCUGCUGGGCAAGGACUGCCCCAGCUCCUGGAGGCUGUGCAAGCAAGGUCUAACCUAGACCUGGCCCAGCUGGGAGGCACCAGGGAGCCUGAGAGGGCUCUUGUACUGGUCCAGCAACAACCUGGGGUCUGGCUGGAGAUGGGCAAGAAAACCACUGCUCAACUAUCUGGCCCUGGCCCCAGUGAAGACUGGACUGCUGACCACUGGCACCCAAGGGAGGAGGGACCCAUGAAACCAGCUGGCUCAGAAGAGCUUGUGGGUGAUUGCCUGGCAUCCUCUAAUUGGUGUCCCCCUCUGCCAGCUCUCUGCAGCAGCCAGUCGCUGCCAGCUGAGUGCUCUGGGCACUGCUGUACACCUUCCCAGCAACUGCAGAAACCUGCUCUGUCAAGGAAAAAGAAGUCUUUGCAAGAUGAAGCUCUCUCUGCUCUUGCUCCUUUGCUCUGGUGUAUCCUGCGCCCCUUCAACCAGGGGUUGAGCCUAAGCAAAAUGCUGGAGGUUUUGAAAAUGAAGCACGACAUGGACUUGAUGGUCCUGAGCCAUGAGGCAGGAUAUGCGGAUGUCACCAAGCUACUGGCCCGGGUGCCUGGGCUCUUGCUGCGCAGAUUGGGAAAGCAGAAAUGUAUUGUUACCCUUUCCACAGGUAUUGUGAACAACUCUUGUGAUGGAAGAUGCUCCUGCCAUCCUGGAUCCUGGGCUGGCUGA